GUAAAAGUCCAAACCUGAAGGUCCAUAUCAAUACCACGAGUGACUCCAUCCUCUUGAAGUUCCUGCGUCCAAAUCCAAAUGUAAAGCUUGAAGGUUUUCUCCUGGGAUAUGGCAGCAACAUGUCGCCAAAUCAGUACUUCCCUCUUCCCGCAGAAGGGAAAUACACCGAAGCUGUAGUUGGAAGUAUUAACUUUCUGGAUUCCCGGGUCCUCUCACUCACUGGUGCUGCGGAUGCAGAACCAAAAUACCUGAUAGUUGUGCGACCUGCUCCACCUCCAAGUCAAAAGAAAUCAUGCUCAGAUGCAGAACCAAAAUACCUGAUAGUUGUGCGACCUGCUCCACCUCCAAGUCAAAAGAAGUCAUGCUCAGGUAAAGCUCGUUCUCGCAAGCCUCUCCAGCUGGUGGUUGGCACGCUGACACCAAGCUCAGUCUUCCUGUCCUGGGGUUUCCUCAUCAACCCACACCAUGACUGGACAUUGCCAAGUCACUGUCCCAAUGACAGAUUUUAUACAAUUCGCUACAGAGAAAAGGAUAAGGAAAAGAAAUGGAUUUUUCAACUCUGUCCAGCCACUGAAACGAUUGUGGAAAAUCUAAAGCCCAAUACAGUUUAUGAAUUUGGGGUGAAAGACAACGUGGAAGGUGGAAUUUGGAGUAAGAUUUUCAAUCACAAGACGAUUGUUGGGAGUAGAAAAGUAAAUGGGAAAAUCCAAAGCACCAAUGAACAAGUUCACACAGUGCCAGCAUAUGUCCCAAAGAAGCUAAUCCCAAUAACAAUCAUCAAGCAAGCUAAGAAUGAAACCUUGGCAUUACCUGCUGAAUCUAAAACCCCAGAGGUGGAAAAAAUCCCAGCACAGCCCAUAACAGUGACUCCUGAAAUAGUUCCAAGAACCACUAAACCCACUAUGUCUAGUGCACUAGGCGUUUCAGAAACAACACUGGCUUCAAGUGAGAAGCCAUGGAUUGUUCCUACAGCUGGAACAUCUGAAGACUCCAAAGUUCUGCAGCCUCAAACUGCAACUUAUGAUGUUUUCUCAAGCCCUACAACAUCCGAUGAGCCUGAAAUAUCAGAGCCCCACACAGCAACAAGUGAUGCUAUUUUGGAUUCUGUCCCACCUAAAACUUCUAGAACUCUUGAGCAGCCAAGGGCAACACUGGCUCCAAGUGAAACACCAUUUGUUACUCAAAAAUUGGAUAUCUUUACCAGUCCUGAAGUGCAACCUACAACACCUGCUCCCCAGCAAACUACAUCUAUCCCUUCUACACCUAAACGACGCCCAAGGCCCAAAACACCAAGAACUAAACCUGGUAAAUAAAUGUCUCUUUAACCUUUUAAGAUAUUCAUUUCCAAAUGGAUAAUUCCAGCUCCCAGUAAAACACAAUUUAUUUCUUUGAAACCUAAAAUCCCUCUCAGCCCAGAAGUGACACACACCAAACCUGCUCCCAAGCAGACACCGCAUGUGCCUCCCAAGCCAAAGACAUCACCACGCCCAAGAAUCCCACAAACACAACCAGUUCCCAAGGGGUCCCAGCAUGUUACUUCAAAAUCAAAAACAUCACCAAGUCCAGAAGCGUUAUACACUACACCUGCUCCAGAAGAUGUGUUCCUUCCACAUAAACCAGACCCUCAGCUCUCUCAGAGUGAACCUGCUCCUUUAGAGACACGAGGCAUUCCUCUUGUACCUAUGAUUUCACCAAGUCCUAGCCGAGAGGAACUACAGACCACUCUGG